AUGGCGAUCCGCACGGUCGCGGCUUUCGGCGCCGAGGGUGCAGAGUCGGCACGUUUUGAGAAGGAGCCGGAAGCUUCGCCGUUCUUGCAGUCGGUUAGGAUGGGGAUAUAUGUGGCCAUGCUGUUCAUGAUGGCGAUUGCGACGGUGAAGCAUGACAUGACACCCUGGAUGUUGAUUCCGCUACUGCUCGUCAUGGUGAUGUCGAUGUUGCUGCGUCUUGCCAUGCUUCCACAGUUUCUGCCGACGUCCAUAGCCAUGGAAGCUGGUGAUGGUGACAUCUGGCUAUGGAUUGGCGGCGCCUGGGGUGGCCUCAACUUCUUCUACUCCUGCCUCUACGGCUUGGCUCUCUGGUUUGGCGGCCACGUCCUCCUCUCGGACGACAACGCGGGUUUUGAACCCAGUCAUAUCGUCACCGUCAUGAUCGCCAUGAUGGUCGGUGUAUCGGGACUCAGCGCCUUCAGCGGUUUCGCCCCCAUGAUGGCGAAAGCCUACGUCUCUGCUAAAGCGAUGAAGGAGGUGAUGACGGCAGAUGCGCGCACGAUCGAACAGCCCCUCUACACACAAGAGGCGCUUCCCGAAGCCUUGAGCAGAGUUGAUACCGUGGAGUUUCGCAACGUGAGCUUCAGGUAUCCGACAAGGCAGGACAAGUGGGUCCUGAGCAAUUUCAACUUCCGGGUGUUGAACGGCCAAAAGAUCGCUUUCGCCGGGGAAAGUGGCUGCGGUAAGAGCACCACAAUCCAGCUCUUGGAGCGCUUCUACGACCCGUGCGGAGGCGAGGUGUUGGUGAAUGGCAUCAACCUGAGCCAGAUUCCAGUCAAGGCGUGGCGAAAGCUCAUCGGAUACGUCGGUCAGGAGCCGGUGCUUUUCGCCACCACUGUUAUGAAGAAUUUGAAGGCGGGCGAUACCUCCAUCACCGACGAGCAAGUCCACGAGGCGGCGAAAGCUGCGCAGAUCUACGACACCUUGAGCAACCUGCCGGACGGCUUCGACACCUUCGUGGGAUCUGGAGGCGGGAUGCUGUCUGGAGGUCAGCGUCAGCGUGUUGCAAUUGCGCGGGCCUUGGCGAAGAACCCGCAGAUUUUGCUCCUCGACGAGGCCACCUCUGCAUUGGACAACGAGUCGGAACGCCUUGUGCAGGCGACCCUGGAUUCCCUCAACUCGGUCAUGGGCCGCAGCAUCACCACGAUCUCCAUUGCCCACAGGCUGACCACCAUCAAGGGCUCAGACGUGAUUUACGUGCUCAAGAACGGCCGCUGCUCCGAACAGGGCACGCAUGAAGAGCUCAUGGAGUUGAAGGGCGAGUACUACAGCAUGGCCAAGUUACAGCAAUCCCACCGUGAGGAGGAGGACGAGGACAUGUCUGUGGUGACACCAGCGCCAAUGCCACGAAGUGAAACUGCACGCAAGUUCGGCAUGCAGAAGUCGAUGUCGAUGAUGCGCCGCAGCGGGUCCGUGCUCAGCUUCUUUGAGUCAGCCUUCGAAAUGGACGAGAGCGUGACUGCAACCCCUCGAAUCUGGGGACGACUCUUCGGCCUCAUGAGGCUCUAUUGGUGGGUCUGGCCAAUUGCCUUCCUGAUCAUCAUAGCAGAAGCCGCCGGUGCACCUCUCGAAGCAGUCUUCUUCAAUGCGGCCAUCUUAUCGCUCUUCGAGAGCGAAAAAGUCGGCUUGGAGGCGAUGUACCCCAUGCUGGACCAGGCAGUUCUGUGCCUCGUUCUGGUGGGCUUGGGGUCUGGCGUCGCGGUGCUGUGCCAGAACGCGCUCUUCACCUAUUUGCAGGAGUGCUUGUGCAUGAUCUUGCGGAAGAUGGCUUUCGCCUCCACGAUACGAAUGGACAUGGCUUUCUUCGAUGCCCCUGAGAAUCAGACGGGAAGCAUCCUGGUGUCCCUGGAGAGGCAGGAUCGGGCAUGUUAUACGCUAAGGGCAGACCAAUGCCUGCAUAGCAGUCUCAACGGGUGGGAGAUCUCAGCCAUAUUGCUGAACGUGUAA